UGGAUUAGUUCAAAUGUCUUUGCCAGCGUCAGCCUUUACAAUUGAACCAAUCACCGACGAAGGGGCGUUGACUAAAGGCUAUCGAACUUCGGCUUGACUACAGAAGAAGAAGAAGAAGAAGAAAAAUAAGAAAAUAAGAAAAUAAGAAAAUAAUGUCGUGUGCACGAACAUCCGACAAAAACCGUUACCGAAAACCGUUACCGAGGACCAAAACCGUUACCGAAGACCAAAACCGUCACAAAAUGUCGUCAUAAUAUAUGCCGUACUGAACUGUUUUGGAUGCGAAGCAUGCCGUUAUUAGACGGGAGAGUGACACACAUAUAUAUAUAUAUAUAUAUAUUGUUGCCUUAACUGAGGGACCCGAAUUAGCUAUUGUGCUAAACCGAGUCGCUGCUAGCUAGCUAGCUUGUUAUCGUGUGUUUUAGUCAGACAUUUAGCUAGCGUUAGCUAAGGUUUACAGAGUACCUACCACCUGAAUACCCUUUCUCAGGUUGCAAGCACGUCCUAGCUAGUUAGCCAUGUUGACUUGUAGCGAACAUUAACUACAUUGAUUUAAGUCAACAGUAACCAGCUAAAAUGCAGUCACACAGGCUACAAGUUAUCUGCUAACGCGUUAGCUUGCUAAGGUUUAUUUCGGUUCGGGCACAGUAGACCGGGGUCUGUCCUGCUUGCCCUCCGAUUUGGGGUUUUCUUUCAUCUGUCAAACUGAGGAUUCACAAACCCGGUGGCUGUCGGAGGUGUGACGUCAUCGCCCGGUGCUCUUCAUCGAGGAGCCGGGAUCUGAUUGGUCCGUUUGGGUUGCGGCUGGCGGGCUGGCUCCUCCCCCUCCCGGCGGCAGCGUGCGUUCCCAGCUGCCUCCCUGCACCCCACGCUCGCCCGGCCUGCUCGCCCAUGCCCCCGCCACCCCCACCAGGCCCUCCAACGCCAUGUGCCUUCCCCACACCAUGGAAGCAGCAACGGGGAAGCACGGAGCGAGUCAGGCAGGGUUAGGCCUCGGGGGGCUGGGCCAGGGGGGGCGGCGGUGUGGAGGGGUACCACUAGAGCCCUUCGUACACCAGGUGGGAGGGCACACCAGUAUGAUGCGUUACGACGACCACACGGUGUGUAAACCCCUCAUCAGCCGGGAGCAACGCUUCUACGAGUCGCUGCCUCCGGAGAUGAAAGAGUUUACAGCAGAGUACAAAGGCAUGGUGUUGGUAUGUUUUGAGGGGGAUAUUGACGGAUACAUCAACUUGGUAGCGUACCCGUACGUGGAGAGCGAGAUCCUGGACCACGAGGACCUACCGGAGAGGGACCAACCCCGGAGGAAACACUCCCGGCGCAGCCUCCUCCGCUCCACCUCCGAGAUCAAAGAGGAGAGGCUACCACACGAGAGUGACAGCACUGAGAAUCUCCAGGAGCUGAAGAGUCCUCGUCUAGAGCUCCAGAUCUACAGUGAUAUUCCCUUCCAGAUGCUGGAUAACAACAGUGGCCUGGGCUCAGAGAAGAUCAGCCACAACCCCUGGAGCCUCCGCUGUCACAGGCAACAGCUCAGCCGCAUGAGAUCAGAGUCCAAGGACAGGAAGCUCUACAAGUUUCUGCUCCUGGAGAACGUGGUUCACCUCUUCAGCUACCCGUGCAUCCUGGACCUGAAGAUGGGCACGCGGCAGCAUGGGGACGAUGCCUCGGAGGAGAAAGCAGCCAGGCAGAUGCAGAAGUGCGAGCAGAGCACCUCCGCCACCCUGGGGGUUCGUGUCUGUGGGAUGCAGGUGUACCAGAUGGAUACGGGCCACUAUCUGUGCAGGAACAAGUACUACGGCCGCAGCCUGUCCAUCGAGGGCUUCCGCCACGCCCUCCACCAAUACCUGCACAACGGGGCGUCGCUCAGGAAGGACCUGUUUGAGCCCAUGCUGUGUAAGUUACGCAGCCUGAAGGCCAUUCUGGAGAGACAGACCACCUAUCGCUUCUACUCAUCCUCCCUGCUAAUCAUCUAUGAGGGGAAGGAGCCUGAGCUGGCCUACGUCUGGCAGAAAGCACCACAGGAGACCUGGCAGCAGAAAGCAGCAUCACCACCACAGGCCCCGGCAGAGCCCUUAGAAAACCAAAAAACACCAGCACCACAACCAGCAGCUGAGCUGCCCUCAGAGAAGGGGGUGGCAGUCAACCCAGGGCUAGGAAUCCAAGGUGUCCAAGGGCCAGGGAUAGGAGUGGGGCUCCAAGGUGGAGUCCACCAAGGUGUCCAAGGACCGGGGUUAGGAGUGGGGCUCCAAGGUGUCCAAGGACCAGGGUCAGGAAUGGGGCUCCAAGGACCGGGGAUAGGAGUGGGGCUCCAAGGUGGAGUCCACCAAGGUGUCCAAGGACCGGGGUUAGGAGUGGGGCUCCAAGGUGUCCAAGGACCGGGGAUAGGAGUGGGGAUCCAAGGUGUCCAAGGACCGGGGAUAGGAGUGGGACUCCAAGGCGGAGUCCACCAAGGCGUCCAAGGACCGGGGUUAGGAGUGGGGCUCCAAGGUGUCCAAGGACCGGGGAUAGGAGUAGGGCUCCAAGGUGUCCAAGGACCGGGGAUAGGAGUGGGGCUCCAAGGCGGAGUCCACCAAGGUGUCCAAGGACCGGGGUUAGGAGUGGGGCUCCAAGGUGUCCAAGGACCGGGGAUAGGAGUGGGGCUCCAAGGUGUCCAAGGACCGGGGAUAGGAGUGGGGCUCCAAGGUGUCCAAGGACCGGGGAUAGGAGUGGGGCUCCAAGGUGUCCAAGGACCGGGGAUAGGAGUGGGGCUCCAAGGUGUCCAAGGACCGGGGAUAGGAGUGGGGCUCCAAGGUGUCCAAGGACCGGGGAUAGGAGUGGGGCUCCAAGGUGUCCAAGGACCGGGGAUAGGAGUGGGGCUCCAAGGUGUCCAAGGACCGGGGUUAGGAGUGGGGCUCCAAGAUGUCCAAGGACCGGGGAUAGGAGUGGGGCUCCAAGGUGUCCAAGGACCGGGGAUAGGAGUGGGGCUCCAAGGUGUCCAAGGACCGGGGAUAGGAGUGGGGCUCCAAGGUGUUCAAGGACCGGGGUUAGGAGUGGGGCUCCAAGGUGUCCAAGGACCAGGGAUAGGAGUGGGGCUCCAAGGACCGGGGUUAGGAGUGGGGCUCCAAGGUGUCCAAGGACCGGGGAUAGGAGUGGGGCUCCAAGGUGUCCAAGGACCAGGGUCAGGAAUGGGGCUCCAAGGUGUCCAAGGACCGGGGUUAGGAGUGGGGCUCCAAGGUGUCCAAGGACCGGGGUUAGGAGUGGGGCUCCAAGGUGUCCAAGGACCGGGGAUAGGAGUGGGGCUCCAAGGUGUCCAAGGACCGGGGAUAGGCGUGGGGCUCCAAGGCGGAGUCCACCAAGGUGUCCAAGGACCGGGGAUAGGAGUGGGGCUCCAAGGUGUCCAAGGACCGGGGUUAGGAGUGGGGCUCCAAGGUGUCCAAGGACCUGGGUUAGGAGUGGGGCUCCAAGGUGUCCAAGGACCGGGGAUAGGAGUGGGGCUCCAAGGCGGAGUCCACCAAGGGGCCCAUGGACUGACAGAAGCCCCUCUCCAGCUGCCCCAGGCAAUACCACCUCCACCAAACCACCCCCCCAUGCCCGUCCCAACCCCUCCACAGCAGCUCCACCAGGAGCCUCUCCAGCCCCUUCCACCCCAGCCCUCAGACCCCCACACCCCCCCUCCACCACUACCACUCCCCUCCAGCCCGAGCAUCAGUGUGGACGUCCGCAUGAUAGACUUUGCCCACAGCACCUUCAAAGGUUUCCGCGACGACCAGACGGUGCACGACGGGCCGGAUCGGGGCUACGUGUUUGGAUUAGAGAGCCUCAUCAAGAUCCUAGAGGGCCUCCGAGAGGAGAACCUGUAGUAGCCGAACCUGGGACUGACGAAUUGGUCUUGUCUCAAAUGGAUGGUACCCCCUAUUCACUAUGUAGUACACUACUUUUGAACAGGGCCCAUAGGGUAUUAACACGUAUUCUUUCUCUUUAAUUAUUAUUAUUAUUAUAUUAUUAUAUAUAUUUUUAAAAUAAAACCCAGGGUGCAUCCAAAAAAGGGAAGCCUUAGUCCUAUAAGGAUCUGGUCAAAAGUAGUGUACUAUGUAGGGAAUAGGGUGCCAUUUGGGAUGUACCGAUGAUGGUGGUUCAGGAGAAGACUAACUGACACAUCUUCAGAUGUCCUCCUCCCUCAGUGCUACUACCCGCUACCCUGUCCUCAAUGACUCUGUUUUGGAGCAAGAAAAGCACAUUAUCUGUAAUAAGAAACCUGAUGGAGCAGUAAUCUGUAAUAAGAAGGACCCGAUGGAGCAGCGAUCUGUAAUUUGGACCUGAUGGAGCAAUGAUCUGUAAUAAGGACCCGGUGGAGCAGCGAUCUGUAAUGAGGACCUGAUGGAGCAAUGAUCUGUAAUAAGAAGGACCUGAUGGAGCAAUGGUCUGUAAUAAGGACCUGAUGGAGCAAUGAUCUGUAAUGAGGACCUAUGGAACAAUGAUCUGUAGUAAGGACCUGGUGGAGCAAUGAUCUGCAAUGAGGACCUGGUGGAGCAAUGAUCUGUAAUGAGAAGGAUCUGAUGGAGCAAUGAUCUGUAAUGAGAAGGAUCUGGUGGAGCAAUUAUCUGUAAUAAGGACCUGAUGGAGCAAUGAUCUGUAGUAAGGACCUGGUUGGAGCAGUGAUCAAAUGAGGACAUGGAGCAAGGAUCUGUAAUGAAAGGACCUGAUGGCGCAGUGAUCUGUAAUGAGGACCUGAUGGAGCAAUGAUCUGUAAUAAAGAGGACCUGAUAAAGCAGUGAUCUGUAGUAAGAAGGACCUGGUGGAGCAGUGAUCUGUAGUAAGAAGGACCUGGUGGAGCAGUGAUCUGUAGUAAGAAGGACCUGAUGGAGCAGUGAUCUGUAGUAAGAAGGACCUGAUGGAGCAGUGAUCUGUAGAAAGGAGGGCCUGAUGGAGCAGUGAUCUGUAGUAAGGAGGACCUGAUGGAGCAGUGAUCUGUAGUAAGAAGGACCUGAUGGAGCAGUGAUCUGUAGUAAGAAGGACCUGAUGGAGCAGUGAUCUGUAGUAAGAAGGACCUGAUGGAGCAGUGAUCUGUAGUAAGAAGGACCUGAUGGAGCAGUGAUCUGUAGUAAGAAGGACCUGAUGGAGCAGUGAUCUGUAGUAAGAAGGACCUGAUGGAGCAGUGAUCUGUAGUAAGAAGGACCUGAUGGAGCAGUGAUCUGUAGUAAGGAGGACCUGAUGGAGCAGUGAUGGAAUGGAUGGAAGGCCGGGGUAUGUCUAUGCUACUGUCUGACAGUAAAGGUGAAAGGUCGUGACCUUAGACUGUAAAUGUCACUCCUUUCUGACUGUUGUGCUCCUAGAAUAAGAGACAAACUUAAAGGGAGUGUCUACAGCCGUGUGUGUGUGUAUCCUAUCAAUCCUCCUGGACAGAAAUGGCUGCCAUUCUGAGGGAAACAUAAAAAGGACAAUGUCUGCCUUGUGGGUUUUGUCGCCACUGAGUGGCCAACUGAAGUAUUGCAUUGAAGAAAAGGCACAAGAUGGAUUUGGUUUUGAAAGUUGUGAAGCCACUGCUCAGGGCAAGUCCAGGUCCUGUUUCGGGCCCAAAUGGCAUCCUAUUCCAAUUUUCUCGUGCACUACUUUUGAUCUGGGCCCACAGGGAAAUCCAUAGGGCUCUGGUCAAAAGUAGUGCACUACAAAGUGGAUGGGUGCCAUUUGGGACAUAGCCCCUGUCUCUGCUGUGGGACUAGUACAGAGACUGUCUCUGCUGUGGGACUGGUACAGAG